AUGAUGAAGGUCCCGGACACACUGACGGCCGCAGAUAUUGGAGGCGGCUGGGGAGCCCCCGAGCCAAAGCCGACUCCAGCUGUCGCCGCGGAUGAAGACUUCGGCGGCUGGGCCAGCGCUGCUCCGGUUUCAGCUGGCCCGACCCCCACAUCCAGCAACCCACCCAAGCCAGCCGGCGGGUUUGGCGGUGGAGCGGAUGAUCUUUUCUCUAACGUUUGGGAAUAG